AUAGUUUUCCAUUUGAUCAUGAAUUUGGGAAUCAUCUGUUUUUCUUCAGAGAUUUUCUGUUGUCUUCGACAACUUCGACGGGACUAACAACUCCCGUCCAAAGGGGUAUUCACAUACCCCUAAUAUUCAACAGUCAGUUCAUUCUCGACUUGUUGAGGGACAACGACGUAGCCAUUCCCGAACCCAUUUACUUCGUUCCAUCUACCUCUCCUCAAACCGCCGAGCUACUCCCCAAUCAAAAGGCACCAAGCAAGCAACAUGAGCAAGAAAAAGAACAAGAACGGAGGUGGUCCCCCCAGGAUCGUCAGUGACUUCGCCCGCUACUUCGGCGAAAACACCCUCGAGAACUGGCAGCGUUUGUGCCGAGACAUUGGCAUCAAAAAGGAGCCUCCAUCCAUUACUAAAUGUCGUGAGGUCCUGAAAUCCGUACACGUCAACAUCUACGACCUCCUAGAUGCCGUCCGGCAGGGAACCACCCCGCAACGCUUUGGAAACCCCGGCCAGCUGAAGGAGUACUCGGUUGCCAACAGAAAGAUCUAUCCGAGGCACAUGGCGGAGAAGGAUAAAGUGGGACCGGUUAGGGUGUUGCUGAGGGGUCUCUUUAGGGGGGGAUGGUAGGGCAGAGCGGGCGCAUUUGGUUGGUUGCUGAAUGGAGAUAGGGGGAGUUUGUGAGAGGGAGAACAUGAGAGGGAUGUGGAGAAGGAUGGAAUAGGCUGGAUAUGAUGGGAUGAAAUCUGAUGGAUGUAUGCCACGGGAUGAGGAAGGGCAUGUGGGUAAUCAAUGACGGGGAAGAAGACUGUGGUAGAAGUCGUUGGUCCUCUGCUCAAGCUUUCUUCAAGAGUUCUUGUAUGAACUGGGCGUUUGGAUACCUCUAGUCAACAUUCGAUGCUUUUCACGGUCAACGACC